AAUAGACCCCCCCAGCUCGGGAGAGCCUGGCCGCAGCCUACUGGGCCUUUCGGGCUGGACCAGCCGAGCUGAAUGAUGCGCCCCCACCCAUGGAGCAGGGCACAUGGCCUGUGAUGCACACGGUACAGCCAGAGGAGGCGGGGUUGGGGAGCUGGAAGGCGGGGCGUCUACCCAGGGGGGGUGGAGCCUAGCCCCCUGCACCACCUUUAAAAAGCAGGGGCUUGUCACCUGGCAUGACAGAGGUGAAAAUCUACCCCGAGGUGACACCUGAUUCCUGCGUCUGCUCGUGGCCGCCGGACUCCAGCAGCCAUGAAAGGAGAGCUGUGCCUGCUGCUCGUUGUCCUUGCGACCCCCUGCCUCUCCCGGCCCGACACCCACCAGCUGGGCAGCGCGCCGGGCCCUGACGAGCGCAGGAGCAGCGGGACUGACCCUGGCCCUGUCCGGAGAGACUUGCUCGAGGCCCUGUCUCAGGACCAGAAGCUCCUCAUGGCCAAGUUCCUGCCCCACAUCUACGCUGAGCUGGCAAACCGGGAGGGGAACUGGCACGAGGACGCUGCCCUGCGCCCCCUGCACGACCACGAUUAUCCCGGCUGGAUGGACUUCGGGCGCCGGAGCCUGUCCGAGUCUGACGAGACCUCCUAGAGGAGCAGCGUCCCGCGUGGCUUGGCUCCGCCCUGCCCGCGGGGGCGGGGCAGCUGCAGGCUCCACCCUCUGGCACAUAUUUUUAAGUAUGUCACACGUGACCUUGUCUUCAAAGCCCUUUGCUGCUGCUCACCAAUAAACUCUACUCAGCAAA